AUGGACUCCACUAGCUCUCGCAAGCGAGGCCGCGAUGAUGAGGGGAGCGACUGCGACGCUCCACGCAAGCAUGUGCAACCAGCACAUAACCCAUCCCGGCCGGAGACUCAUGGUGGCUGCGACGCGCUGCCGCGUCCCGCACAGCUUUCAGCGACCGUUGGUGGAAUGUCACAGCCGAGCAUGGCUGCUCCGACACCAAAUCUUCCUCAACACUCCGCCGCGGCUUUUCUGAAGGAAAACUCGCAGCCGAUGACUGUUAACUCUGUUAGGAAGAAGAAGGGCAAGUCCAAGCGCCGGAGGGCUCCUUCUACUUCACAGCUCCCCGAGAAGCCUGCAAUCAACGCCUCAGACACUGAAACCGCGUCGCAAUCUCCGUGCCCAAAGGAGGUCCCUCGAAGCGCCAACGGAACAGCUAGUUCUCAACCGCACGCCAGCGAUCCUGCACCUGAAGAUUUCACGCUGGCUUCCUCAAGGGGCGCUCGUCGACGUGCGAGGGCCCUUGCCUCGUCUCCUGUGCUCCCCGCUGACCCAGCCGUAGCAGGCACAGUUUUAUUCAAGCCGUCAGCACCGAACGGUGCCUUCAUGCAGAGUUCGCGUCUGGCGCUGGCGUCUGCGUUAUCUUCGCGGCCCGGCGUCAUCAAAGUGCGAGUCAACAGCCGCCGAAAUAUCGUGGCAGCCGACGUGUCCUCACGGGAGUGCAUCGAGGAGCUUCUUGGUGUCACGGAGCUCUGCGGCAUCCCGGUGUCCGCCCGACUUCCCGCUGACCGAGGAUACAGCACGGGGUACCUGCAUGGUGUGGAGGGCGAUCUUACGGACGACGAUCUAUUACAGUCCAUUGAGUCGAGCGUCCCGUUGGUAUCUGCUGCCCGCAACGGGAACACAGUGACGCUUCGAUUUGCUGGCCCUGUUCCGCCGGAGCAUGUGAGCCUCUACAAGCUGAGGUGUCGUGUGCGUCCAGCCAGGCCGCGUCCACUGCAAUGCCUGCAGUGUGGCCGCCUUGGACAUGCAACAGCGACCUGCCGGCGAGCCAAUUGCUGCCUACGCUGCGGCCGGAGCCACCCCUCUACAGAGAGCUGCAGCGCCAGACCCCGUUGUGUCAACUGCGGUCACAACCACCCUGCAAACACUCCUACCUGUCGUAAAUGGCAAGAGGAACGCAAGGUGGCGACCAUCAUGGCCUCCUCUACGGUCCCACUUUCAAGGCGCGCUGUGCGAGCUAUGGUACAGGAAGCGAAUCACUCACAGCUUCCGACGCCUCCUGCUAGCGCAGCCACCCGCACGUAUGCUCAGGCCGUCUCCGGCACACCGCCUCCAGCACCAACACCUGCUGUUCCUCAACGGUUGAUGCCUGCUCGGUGCUGCCUAGCCCCGCUUCCAAGGCUUCCCCCGUAA